AUGGAUGAGAGCUCCUUCGCCGGCCUCAUCAGGCGGUGUGGCGAUUCCAAGGAUCUGUCCCGAGCGCACGAGCUCUACUCGAGGCUCCGGCGCAGUUGCGAGCGCCACAGCACGUACCUGGCCAAUCUGUGCGCUCACAUGUACGGCAAAUGCGGCAGCGCCAAGGACGCGCGCCGCGUCUUCGAUGAAAUCCAAGAACCAAACGUCUUCUCCUGGACAAUUCUCAUGCAAGCGUAUGCCGCUAAUGGGCAUCUGGAGCAGGUCGAGAAUGCGUUCCACACAAUGCCGGAGAGAGACACCGCCGCCUGGAACACAAUGAUCAAGGCAUAUGCCAGCAGAGGCCGCAUUCGAGAAGCUAGAAGAAUCUUCGAUUUGAUGCCCCACAAGAAUGUCAUCUCCUGGACUGCCAUGCUUACUGCGCAUGCCAAAAGGGGGGAAAUGGAGCAGGCGCAAGAGCUCUUUGACAAGAUGCCCCACAAGAACACGGUGACUUGGAACGCACUCCUGACCGGGUAUGCCACAUCAGGCCACUUGGACGAAUGUGUGUGGAUCUUUGCCGCAAUGCCCGGCCGUGACGCCGUGUCCUGGAACGCGAUGAUCCUCGCCUUUGCACAGCAAGGCCAGCUGGAUCGCGCAAAGUCCACGUUUGAUGCCAUGCCCAAUCCGGAUCUCAUCUCCUACAGCAUCCUCCUGGCAGCAUUCGCGCAAAAGGCCCAGCUCCAGCGAGCGAUCGAGCUGUUCAAGCUCAUCCAUCGCCCCAAUCUCGUCUGCUGGACGUCCAUGGUCACUGCCUACGCCCGCGCCGGAGAUUUGCUCUCUGCAAGGAACAUCUUCGACAAGAUCCCUCGAAAAGAUCCCGUGUGCUGGAAUGUGAUGAUCAGCGCCUAUGUGGAGGCUGGGAGCCUCCACGCCGCGAGAGCGCUCCUCCACGAAAUGCCCAACCCUAACGCAGUGACGUGGACGGCCAUGCUCGUGGCGUACGGCAACGCCGGCCACCUGGAAGAGGCGCGAAACGCAUUUGAAAUGGUGAGGGACGGGAACACGGUGACGUGGAACGCCAUGAUUAGUGCCUAUGCCCGACACGGCCACCUGGACGAGGCCAAGAUCUUGUUUGCGACAUUGCCGGAGAGCGACAAGAAUGUCGUGUCGUGGAACGCAAUGCUCCAGGCUUAUGCCGACAACCGCGAGCUUGAUGGGGCGGAGCACAUCUUCUGGGCGAUGCCCGAGCAUAACGUUGUGUCGUGGACGGCUAUGGUGACUGCCAAUGCCAAGUGUGGACGACUCGAGCGGGCCGACAGCGUCUUCGGUGCCAUGCCGGAGAGAAGCCUCGUGUCGUGGAAUGCGAUGAUGGAGAGCUACUCGGAUUCCGCUGGCCAAGGCUCGAAAACUCUAGAGCUGUUUCGAGAGUUGGAGCUCGUCGGUCUGGAGCCUAAUGACUUGAGCUUCAUGAGCCUUCUCAACGCUUGCAGCCAUGGCGGAUUGAGCGAGCAAGGCUUGAGCUACUUUGGCCGCUUGAAGGCUUCUUCGUCAGUGGAGCGCAGCAGCCUAUCUCCGUCCCGGGAACACUACUGCUGCAUGGUGGACAUGCUGGGAAGAUCCGGUCGUUUGAGAGAUGCGGAAGAGCUCGUUGAGUCGAUGCCGUUUGAGCCGGGAGUCGUCGAGUGGGGAUCACUUUUGGGAGCUUGCAAGACAUACAGUGAUGUUGAUCGAGCUUCCAGGGCGGUCGAGAACAUCGUUGAGCUCGAUCCAGGAAAUAGAGCUGCCAAUUCGGCUCUGACACUGCUGUCUAACGUGUAUGCUGCUGCUGGCAGGAUCAGAGAGGCGGAGGCUGUUCAGACAAGACUGAGAUCUAGAACACGAGUUAGAUCAGAUGGAAACAGUUGA